AACGUCACUCCCUUUCGGCGCAGUAACCGCUGCCCUCUUCGAUAGCUUAAGCAAAGCCCUCGCCGCCCCCCCCUCUCUCUCUCUCUCUCUCUAUCGCGUCUCUGUACCCCUCGCGCCGCCGUGAAGCUACCUCCCGCCACCGGCGCCGCCCUAUCCCCUCCGCUUCCCCACCCCCCUCGCUCCCCUUCCCUCUCCUCAACCUAUCCAUAAACCAAAAACACCAAAAAAUUUGUUUCAUUUCCCCCGAUCGUUUCGAUUGUAGGGUACCCUUUUUGCUGCUUUAGCUCUCGUAGCGUUAUUCUAGGGUUUUGCUACCAGAGGAGAGGGAAGAGGGAUUCCUGUAGGGAAAAAAAAACCGAAAAAAAAUCGAAAAACCCCCUCAAAAGGACAAAAAAAAAAAGGAGCUUUGAUUUGCUGCUAGGGUUUUUUGUUAUCUGAAAAGAUGGCGCAGGUUCAGGUUCCAGCUCAGACUCCGGCUCAGGCUCAGGCUCAGGCUCAGGCUCAGGGUGCGAAUGGUGGUGCCUUCUCGACGACGUCUCUCUACGUCGGGGACCUCGACUUCAACGUCACCGACUCCCAGCUGUACGAUCUGUUCAAUCAGGUCGGCCAGGUGGUCUCUGUUCGGGUCUGUAGGGAUUUGACCACCCGCCGCUCGCUUGGCUAUGGCUAUGUUAACUACAGCAACCCCGCUGAUGCUGCUAGGGCACUGGACAUGCUGAACUUCACUCCUAUCAAUGAGAAGCCGAUUAGGAUUAUGUAUUCUCACCGUGACCCGAGUAUCCGCAAGAGUGGUGCUGGCAACAUUUUUAUCAAGAAUCUUGACAAGUCAAUUGACAACAAGUCAUUGCAUGAUACAUUUUCUGUUUUCGGGAAUAUUCUGUCUUGCAAAGUUGCCACAGAUUCCUCCGGCCAGUCUAAGGGCUACGGCUUUGUACAGUAUGAUAAUGAAGAAUCAGCCCAGAAGGCCAUAGAGAAGCUGAAUGGAAUGUUAUUGAAUGAUAAACAAGUUUUUGUGGGACCUUUCCUCCGCAAGCAGGAAAGAGAAUCUGUAUCUGAAAAGACAAAGUUCAACAAUGUCUAUGUGAAAAAUCUCUCUGAGGCAACAACGGAGGAUGACUUGAACAAGAUUUUUGGAGAGUUUGGAGCUAUUACUAGUGUUGUUGUGAUGAGAGAUGCUGAUGGGAAGUCAAAAUGUUUUGGAUUUGUCAACUUUGAGAGUGCAGAUGAUGCUGCUAGGGCUGUGGAUGCUCUAAAUGGGAAUAAAUUUGAUGAUAAAGAGUGGUAUGUUGGGAAAGCUCAGAAGAAAUCUGAAAGGGAGGUCGAACUGAAGCAUAAAUUUGAGCAGACUAUGAAGGAGGCAGCUGACAAAUUUCAAGGAGCUAACUUAUAUAUCAAGAAUUUAGAUGACAGCAUAGAUGAUGAAAAACUGAAGGAGCUGUUCUCUCCUUUUGGUACCAUCACAUCUUACAAGGUUAUGCGAGAUCCUAAUGGCAUAAGCAGAGGAUCAGGUUUUGUUGCAUUCUCAACUCCUGAGGAGGCAUCAAAAGCUCUCUCGGAGAUGCUGGGUAAAAUGGUGGUGAGCAAGCCAAUAUAUGUUGCACAUGCACAGCGAAAGGAAGAUAGAAGAGCCAGAUUGCAGGCUCAAUUUUCUCAAAUGCGGCCAGUUACAAUGGCACCUUCUGUCGGCCCCCGCAUUCCAAUUUAUCCCCCUGGAGCUCCAGGCAUGGGGCAUCAGCUGUUCUAUGGUCAAGGUCCACCUGUGCUUCCACCCCAGCCUGGGUUUGGUUAUCAGCAGCAACUCGUUCCAGGUAUGAGGCCUGGUGCAGCUCCCAUGCCAAACUUCAUGGUGCCGAUGGUCCAACAGGGUCAGCAGGGUCAGCGUCCAGGUGGAAGACGCGCAGGGGUGGUGCAGCAGAACCAGCAACCUAUGCCGGUGAUGCCACAGCAGAUGGUUCCUAGGGGCAGAGUAUACCGUUACCCCCCAGGACGUGGAAUGCCCGAUAUCCCAAUGACUGGUGUAGCUGGUGGAAUGAUGUCCAUGCCAUAUGAUAUGGGUGUCAUGCCGAUGCGUGAGACGUCUAUGUCUCAGCCUGUUCCUAUUGGAGCUUUGGCUAGUGCACUUGCGAAUGCCACUCCGGAUCAGCAGCGGACAAUGCUGGGUGAGAAUCUCUACCCACUUGUUGAACAACUCGAGCCUGAAGCGGCUGCCAAGGUCACAGGGAUGCUGCUCGAGAUGGACCAGCCUGAGGUUCUCCACCUGCUCGAGUCUCCGGAGGCCCUGAAAGCCAAGGUGGCCGAGGCAAUGGAGGUUCUGAGGAAUGUGGCGCAGCAGCAGGCUGGAGCUGCUGCUGAUCAGCUCGGCUCUCUGUCCCUGGAGUGAACUGCCUUUUCUCCUGAGUUUUGAACGAUGAAUGAUAUAUUUAUGUGGUGAUAUUUUGAGGGUAUCAGGAUCGAAUUUGGAAGUAGUGGAAAGCAUACACUUAUGGGUUCUUGUGGUUUGAAGACAAUUCUAGUUCUAUGUAGGUUUUUAGACAAUUCUUCGUGGCUGUUUGUAUUUUGAGAUUUUUGCAGGAUUCUUUUUUGGGUUUGACUGAGGGUUUUCAAUCUCGUGGAAGAAUUGUUGCUUGCACGAUCAUCUCGUCUGUCAGGUGGUUCAUCAGUUAAUUUUUGUUUGCCA